AUGGUAACAAGCAAGGCAGACUUGACUGCUGAGCAGAGAGGUCAGCUCUAUGGUUAUUUUUGCGAACUUAGAGACUUCUUUCAGGUGACAGGGACAAAGCACGAUAGGUCGAACUCCGCGAGGGCACAGAAGGCAAGAUCGAAACUCUUAAAGCUCUAUCCCUCUCAGUUCUUUGAACUCAGCACUGAUGUUCACGACGAGCUUCAACGACGCAUAGAUGAAAACCAGGCCCAACCAGACCACCUCCUCCCCAAAGACACUUUCCAUGUCAAGAGGAAUCAGGCCCGCCAAAAGUUGGCCAACCUUUCGCAGUCGCGAUUUAACGAUCUCGUUGACGACAUUCUUUAUGAGAUCAAAAGAAGAAACUACCACGAGAAGCCAGAACAUAAAGGAACUGACAUUUCUGAAAAGUAUAGUGGUGGAACCCCUACAUCCUCUUCUCAUUUUGAGGGCGUUUUCUCCGGGGACGAGGCGGGAAAUCACACAAAGGACACUGGUGAGACUAGCGACGCCAGUCAGGCUGAUAUACACAACCAGAAAAAUGGUUACACUAUCGCUCCCGAGAUGGUCCUUAGCGACACUAACGAAAGCCCAUCGAAAAUUACGCCAAAUGCUUCUGUUCAAGCCUCCCAGGUUAUACCAAAGAAGGCUUCUAUUGAAUGGAGCUCCGAUGAGGAGGAUGAAGAUGAUUCCCACAAACCUAAACAGGUUUCUGAUAAAGAGCAAGACUCUCCAGUGAGCAACUCUCAGACCGGCGAGACAACAAUACAGAGCCCGCUUUUUUCCUCGAAAGAUGCUGAUAGAUUGCAUUUUUCUGAGAAUGAAAACGGUUUUAAUAAACAUGCCAGCCCCUCUAGGGAAGAAAACUACACCUUUAGCGAAGAAUUUUCUUCCCAAAGUCCUCUAUUCUCGUCAAGCAAGAAGACAAAGCGCUUCUCCGAGUUGGAAGAUGAUCUCAACCACAGCAGAAAGUCCAUUAGUGGGAAUGAAAACGGGCUUCUUGGACAAUCUCCUCCACAAAGCCCGCUUUUCUCACUACAGCAUAGAGAGACCGAUGGCAAUCCUGAGCUGCUAUCUGCCUCAGAGCUUAAGGACGAUAGAAAGGAGGUUGAAGCAGCUCACUCAUGGGGCAAUUAUUCGGAAGGCCACGCUUCUGGAAAAGCUCUGCAAGGAGCGUUGGCUGAUGAUUUGCUUCCUGUUUCAAGAGGUUUACCAGAAGACCGCAGAGCAGCGCCCAACACUUCCUCAACGAAUGAUGACAACGUAGGUAACACCUCAAGAACAAGCCACCCCGGUAGAACUUCUAACGAAUCUGGCACUUCAAUCAAUGCCUACACUGGCAACAGGGGUUCUAUAAAAAGGGCUUCACUGGAACACGAGAACAGCAAGCGUGAGAUAGAGGUGUUGAUGGCUGAAGGGACAAAGAUGGACAUGAGAAUCACAGAACUCGAAAACUCCAACUCCAUUUUGUCCUCCGCUAAGAACGAGCUGGACCGUAGAAUCCAAGAUCAUCAAUCUGAAAUUCUGGAACUGAAGUCUCGGCUUGAGAAAUCCAGCAAAGAAGCUGAGGAUGCUAAAGCCGAAGUCCUGCGCUUGACGGAACAGGAAGUUAAAGAGGGCGAUUCUCUAGGGAAGUCAAUUGAUCAAAGCCACCAAGAAGAGUUUGCUCGCUUAACAAAACAAGUCAACUCCUUAUCGAUUGAGAAUGAGGAGCUGAAACAAAAGAACGCAGAGCUCGAAUUCAAAAUGAAGUUAUUGAAUUCAUCAAAUCGUAAAGAUGAAAAAUCUAUUUCGCCUUCAACAAGGCAGAAGGCUGUAGGCUCGGAUCGCCUCAAGGAGAAGGAACUUUUGUCAGAUCCGGAAGCGCUUAAAAGGUAUUCAUCUGAAGACGGGCUUCUUCCAUUGGAUUUGAUCCUUUCCUUUAACAAACAAAUUGAAACCAUCUUCUACCACCUCCACGACAAGCAGCACCUACCAGCAUUUGGGGAUCAGCUUUUUGAGGACAUAUCUCGCAUAUCAGAGCUGAUUCACAAGACAAUAAAGCUAGUGGAUGUUUCGGAUCACCAAGAUCAAGUAAUUUUGCUGAAGGCUUCACUUUCUCAUGCAAUCACAUCGGUACGGUAUUUUGCAAGUUAUCACGACAUCUUGCCUCCUAUUACGGUCGAGAGUGCCAUUUCUGAUAUUAGCUUUGCGGUCUGUGGACUUCUCGACGUUGUCAAGAUUAUUGACGCUCCACAGGCAGUAAUUAGCAAACAACACUUAUCGGAACCUAGCCCACAAACCCCAAUCAUGAAAAACAUGAAGUCGUCAUCUAGUCUUGCUGGCGAGGAGGCUAACUCAGGGCUCAAAGAUCCCCGUGGCAUCAACAAGCACGCUAUUGAGGAAUCCAACAAUAGUAUGUCUCCAGUGAAGCCCCUCAAAAUUACUCAAAAAGUUGUUCAAAACUCCCCUCCAACUAAACCAACAAUUUCGGCCAGGAAGCCUUCUAGCACGCUGUUUACUUCAAUGCUAAGUCCAAGCUUGAGCAACAACAGCUCACCCAGAAAUUCACAAUUUUCGAACCUCCGCUUUGCUUCCGGUGCCAAGUCAGAGGAGGACGUAAGGAUCGAUAAAGGGAGCGAGUCAAAAAGUCAUUCUCAAACCGACAAGGAAGACAGUGCACGUUCACCAGAGGGCGGAAUCUCAGUCAAAGAAAAAAUGGACAAUUCAUUGCAGGAAGCCAGUAAAAACGGCAACAAUUCUGGAUUAAGCGCUCAAGAACGCCUAUUCUUGAAUGGAAAAGAGAAUCAUAAUCUCAGCAAAGGGGAAGAAUCGAGAAAAAUUGAAAAGAGGGUUGAUUCUAUUAUUCCUACUUCUGAAACCAAGAGCAGCGUUCCUGAGAAAUUCAACCGUGGCCCAGAUUUCUCUCUUUGCGCUGCCUCUGGAGGUGACACCACGGAUGAUCAAUACAAUCACAAAAGCGAUGCCAGUAAUACAACUAGUGAUGAGGACCUAACUUAUCAGGCUUUGAAGCAAUCUAUGAAAAAAAACCACGAAAUUGCCGGGGAGAAGAAGAUAGAGAGCUCCAUGCCAAGCAAAAAGCCAGAAGGAAAAAUAAAUGUUCCCAAGUUGCGUUCAUCGCUAGACAGUUCACCCAAACGUGGCGGUGGCGAUAGCGACGGUGUAUCGGCUCUAAAGACGAUACAGGGUGCGGUGCACGCAAAAGAGUCGCCUGCUGAACCCCCAAGGAUUAUAAAGCAGGUCAUUACCACUCAAAUGGAAGGGCCCCCGGAUGAAACUGAUGCUGACAUCGAAACCUCGCCAUUCCGCUUCGAUGAUGCAAUGGCGCUUGAAAGGUCUGUUAACCAUAAGUCGCCUACAAAAAAUCUUGAACUCAGUCCUUUGAAGAACUCCGAAGUGAAAGUGAAGGAUCGAGCUGUUGCAACAACUGAAAAUAGGGCUUUCGACGUCGAAAAUUCAGCGAUUGAAAUCAACGAUACAAAUAGCAGAGCCCCAUCCGGGGCCGUAAAUGGUUUCAGUAAACAGAAGGAAAAUCUUUCUUUGGAUGAGAAUUCGAAGAAGAAACAGAUCAAACCGUUUUUGGAGGGUGUUAAGAAAGGUACAGACGCCAACGCACAAAAAACUUCCCCCAACCCAAGUACGACCCAAAGUUCCUCAACUUCCCAACCAAUCAUCAAAGUUAGCAACUUCGGAAGUGAAGGGUCGCCAGCGGCGAGAACGGUUGUAAAAGAGGAAGAAAUUGAAGAUGUAAGAAAUGUUCCUGCUAUUAACAGGGCUAAGAGCACCUCCUCGAACAAUCAAAAAUCUUCUGCCAGGCUUUCGAACACAAGUCUUGCUGAGAAAGAGUAUGAGGACGAGGGCGACUUUGACAUAGAUGCCUUUGACAUCGAAAAUCCAGAUAAUACAUUGUCUGAGCUGCUUUUGUAUCUCGAGCAUCAAACCAUUGAGGUCAUCAGCACGAUCCAGUCCCUCUUAACAUCGAUAAAGCAACCACAAGCGUCUACUGGCGAGCUUCGAAAGGGUUCUGGUGCUAUAACUCGAGUUAUUGCUCAAAUGAUUGAAGCUACUUCCGUCUCAAUGGCACAGUCACGAAACGCCCCUCUUAAGGAACAUGGAAACUGGGUUGUCCAAAGCUUGGAAGAUUGUCAAAGAAGGAUGACCACUCUCUGUCGUCUGAAAAGAGAUGGAACCGUUGAAGUCAACGAGGGUGAUAGCGAUUACGCUGACAAACACUUCAAGCAACGUUUAGCUGGUAUUGCAUUUGAUGUUGCCAAGUGCACUAAGGAACUUGUAAAAACUGUAGAAGAAGCAAGCCUCAAGGAAGAAAUCGAGUUCCUAAACUCUAAAAUUUCUUCUUGA